CGUCGGGCUUGUUCUCCGGCCAUUGAAUCACAACACAACCCGACGAUCAAUCCCCCUUCCUGUUUCUUCGAACGCUCCUAAGAAGUCAACCCGACCAUGGUGUCCAAGCGUGCCAUUUCAUCUGUACCAGGUCUAUUCAGGCUGGUCUCACCAGCGCCGGCUCGCACGUUAUCUCCAUCGAGACGCAACGUCUCCGUCGCCGUCUUCCUCCCGUCCAUCACCGUCCGCCUCGCCCACAGCAUCCCCCGACCACGCAACCCCUCCCCGUUCACACAACAGCAACAGCAAUCUACUAGCACAACAACAACGACAACAACAACAACAACAAGCCCACCUUCCUCUGAAACAUCAACCUCAACCCAGACCUCCUCCAUCGAACCAAGCCAAGCAAGCCAACGAACCAACAACAACAACCCGCGCAACAUCAUCCAGAAGCCCCACUACGAACUAACCUUCACCUGCCGGCCCUGCGGUACCCGCUCGCGACACCGCGUCUCCAAGCAAGGCUACCACCACGGCACGGUGCUCAUUGCCUGCCCCUCCUGCCGCAGCCGGCACGUCAUCGCCGACCAUCUGCGCGUGUUCGGGGACAAGGCUAUGACGGUCGAGGACCUGCUCCGCGAGCGCGGGGAGCAGAUCAAGCGGGGCUCGCUCGGGGUGGAAGGGGAUGUCGAGUUCUGGGAGGAUGGGACGACCACCGUGCGUGAGCCGUGGGUUGAGAAGGAGAAGCAGGCGGGGGAGAGCGAGGCGGAAGAGGACCUGCCGCCUGGUGCGACGUUCAAGAGCGUUAAGCGGGGGAGUAAGAAGGGGGAAGAUGCAUAGAUGGUGUUUGGGGAGGGACAAGGAAAUAUGGAGGAUGGAUGAUAGAGGAUGCGAUAGACAAGGAGAAUGUGGGGAGGAUGUGAGAUGUACGAUUGGAUAGAUCUGAUGGCGCCGUUGGCAUACCCGGGAGAACACCCAUUCCUCUCAUGAAUAUGUACCAAUAUUCUGUCUCAUACCAUAUAUCUGUAGACUAGACCACCCGCACAAGCAAAUCAGAUUUCACCCACC